AAUCACUCUAACCUUCCUGACUUCACUGACAAGAUGUCGAAAUCUAAGAGAACUGGUCAUUGGUCCAAAUCCCUUGAAUGGCAUUCUUCCGGCUUCUAUCGGUAAUUUCUCGAGCUCUCUCAGAAUAUUUUCUGCACCCUGGUGCAAACUCAGUGGCAUUAUACCAGAAGAAAUUGGAAACCUAACAAAUGUGAUUAUCAUAUCACUAUUUGACAAUGAUUUGACAGGGUUCAUCCCCAAAACUGUUAGAGGUUUGCAGAAGCUUCAAAGGUUUCUUAUACAAAGUAACAUGAUAAGUGGGACUAUUCCAGAUGAAAUUUGCUCUUUACAAAAUAUUGGAGACCUGAGUGUUAGGCAAAAUAAAAUUUCAGGUCCAUUACCGUCGUGUUUGGGGAACCUUACUAGUUUGAGAAAUCUUUAUUUAGCUUCCAACAGAUUGAACUCCAGUUUACCUGAGAGCCUGUGGAGCCUUCAAGAUCUAUUGAUACUUGAUGCAGCAUCAAACUCAUUUUCUGGUGUUCUGUCUCCCAUAAUUGGAAAUCUAAAGGCUAUUACAAAAAUUGAAUUGUCAUACAAUGACUUUUCAGGCAUGAUUCCUAGCAUGAUGGGAGGUCUACAAAAAUUGAUUAAUUUUUCUCUAUCACACAACAGAAUAGAUGGCCCCAUUCCAGAGUCUUCUGGGAAAUUGUUAAGCUUGGAAUUCUUGGAUUUGAGUUAUAACAAUCUAACUGGUGAAAUACCAAAGUCCUUAGAAGCUCUUGUGUACCUCAGAUACCUUAAUGUUUCCUUCAAUAAACUCAGCGGAGAAAUUCCAUCUGGUGGUCCUUUCGCAAACUUCACCAAUCAGUCUUUUGUGUCUAAUCAUGCAUUAUGUGGUGUAUCAAGGCUCCAAGUGCCUCCAUGUCAAGUCAAGUCUCCGCGAAGGGCGAGGAGAAAAAGAGUGCUUUUCUCGAUCCUGUAUAGUCUUUUGGGAAUAACAUCGGUAUUUGUUGCAUUAGCCGUUGGAUUUCUUAUUUUAAGAAGAAGAAGAAAUAGAAAUGAGCCAUCAGGAUUAACUGAUCAGGUAUCAUCCAUGAGGGCCUACGAAAGAGUUUCGUAUUAUGAACUUCAACAAGCAACAAAUGGAUUCAGCACGGACAAUUUGCUUGGUAUUGGGAGUUUUAGCAAGGUGUACAAAGGGAUAAAGGAUGGGAUGACAUUCGCAGUGAAGGUAUUCAACCUGGAACUUGAAGGUGCAUUCAAGAGCUUUGACACAGAAUGUGAGAUCUUACGCAACCUUCGGCAUAGAAACCUGACGAAAGUCAUAACUUCUUGUUCCAACUCUAAGUUCAAGGCCUUAAUAUUGGAGUACAUGCCAAAUGGCACCCUUGACAAAUGGUUACACUCUCAUGACUUAUUCUUAGACAUGUUGCAUAGAUUGGACAUAAUGAUAGAUGUAGCAUCUGCCUUAGACUAUCUCCAUAACGGUUAUUCAGAGCCAGUGGUGCAUUGUGAUUUGAAGCCUAGCAACAUUUUGCUAGAUCACAACAUGGUUGGCCAUUUAAGUGAUUUUGGGAUUGCGAAACUGUUAGGUGCAGAGGAUAGUUCUAGACAAACUAAGACUAUUGGGACCAUUGGAUACAUUGCGCCAGAGUAUGGACAAGAUGGACUUGUAUCAACAAGUUGUGACGUCUACAGCUUUGGUAUCGUGAUGAUGGAAACAUUCACAAGGAGGAGGCCUAGUGAUGAAAUGUUUACUGGAGAUUUAAGCAAAGAAAUUGGGUGAACGACUCGCUUCCUACUGGAGUUACACAACUAGUGGAUGCAGAUUUGAUGAGGCCAAAGGAAGAACCCCUAAAUGUAGAGAUGCAAUGUUUGGUUUCUAUCAUGGAAUUGGCGUUAAGCUGCACUUCAGUGUCACCAGAUGCAAGAAUCAACAUGAAAGAAGCGCUUUUGGAACUCAAGAAGAUAAGACUUCAACUGGUCACACAUUGACGUAGGGAUUUGAGGCCAGGAAGUUUGUUCAGAUAAAAUUUGUAGAAGACUUGUUAUAAUAAGAGUAGAAUAAGGAUAACAUGAAGCAAACUUUUUUUAUUUUUUUUAUUUUUUAUGUCUGUAGGCCUAUUAUAUUUAUUUGUUAGCAAGUCCUUUAUACCUCCACCAUGCGAAAGUUGUUUCCGAAAACCUUUUUGCCUCCAUUGUACAACUUGAUCUGAAAGCAGAAUGAAGUAUGCAGA